CUGGAUUCAAGCGGACCGUGGACACAAAUAAAGAUGUUUUAAUGCUGAAUUGAAACACAUUUAUGUUGCUUCAGAGGCUGUAUGCAUCGUUGAUAAUGUGUCCUCAAUGCAAGUUUAUCAAUCAUUAAGCGAUGGAGACAGCAGCUCUGGCGGCUCCAGUCACAGCUGCGGAGUUCCUCCAGGAUGCAUGUCUGCUGACAGGUGAGGGUCCAGUCUUGAUGGUGUACAGUAUCAAACCUCGCCCUAAAGCCUAUGCCACCCUGAGUGUGCUCCAAAACCACAGAAUCCACGGGAUAAGACCCAGAAGUCUGACGGCUGCCGCAGCAGAGAGCUCUGCCACGGGAACAUUUGGGAAGGAGAAAGAACUGAGCUCCACCUGGCAGCCCUACUUUUGUGAUCUCGCAGUGUUUGGAGGCAAGGCUGUGAGGCUGGUGAGGCUCCAUGUGGAUCUCCAGGAUGAAGAUUGUCUGCGCUUGGAGAUUCUGGGCCCCCUCAUGGAGCUGCAGGACUGGGCCCUGGAUGCCCGCUGGCUCUCUGGAGAUAAACACUCACUGCUCUGUGUGGCUGUAGCCCACAACAGUGCUCUCCUCCUGGACGUCACUACAGGAAACGCCCUGGUUCAGCGCUCCUGUCUGGAGGGGUGUCUGCUGUACUCUGCCCUCCUUCUUGUGCAUGAAUCCUGGACAGAUACCGUCGUAGUAGGAGGGACUGUUUUCAAUCAGUUGGUUCUCUGGAAGCCUGAAGGAGACAAAAGAGACGAUUCUACACACAAAGCUCCAGUCGAGAGACGUCUGCUUGGCCACAGUGGGGUCAUCUUCAGCAUCUCUUACCUCCAGGAGAAAGGAUGGCUGGCUUCAGCUUCUGAUGACCGCAGUGUGAGAGUCUGGGGUGUUGGUGCUUUAGGGGGCCCCAGAGGCGGAUGUGGGGACCUGAACCCGGCUUGUUUAAGGGUCCUAUAUGGACAUCAGGCGAGGGUAUUCUCGGUGUGUCUCUCCCCGGGGAAAGUGUUCAGUGCUGGGGAAGACGGAGCCUGUUUGGUGUGGGACUGGGCUGGAGGUGGCAAGGUGGUUCGGACAUUGAAGGGACACAGAGCAGGCGGGGUUCGUGCGCUCGCAGUCAGUGAGGGAACAGGAGAUGAAGAGAGAUGGGUGGCUACAGGAGGGGCAGACGGAGGGGUGAGGUUGUGGAGGGUGGAGGAGAGCGAGGAGAGAAAUGAGGAAACUGUGACAGAGAAGCUCACUGACCUGAAAUUUCCUGGUCAAGGCUUACCUAAAGUGGUUUGUCUAGCAGGGGAAGCGUGUGGAAAUUCAAGCUGGAGUCAGAGUAAGUUUGUGGUUUGCACUGACCACGGAACAGUGUACCAGUACAGCGAUGGGCAGUGGGAGAUGGUUUGGCAGGGGACUCCUGAGUUUCAGUCUUACUGUGUGAUGGAAACAACAACUGUCAGCGUGAAAGACUCAACAGCAAAAGUGAAUUUGUGUGCUGUGGGAAACCUCAGCGGGUCCUUACAGGUCUUCCCCAUCUCUCAUCCUCAGAGUGGGAUUCUUCUCACAGGUGGAUCAGGGAAGAUUCAUAGUCUCAUUUGGCAAGAGGCAGAGGAAGGCUCGUGUUUGCUAGCAUCGGACGCUGAAGGACUUGUCUAUCGCUGGUAUUUGGAGGUAGAAUUAGAUGAAGACUCUUCCUUUGCUCUCAGUGUGAAUCCCCUGCCUCCUUUCCUCCUUCCCCCCUGUGCCAAACGCUGGCUGACAGCUGCAGUGCGCCUCAACUCCAUGUCACAGGAGUCACUGUGGGUUUGCGGGGACAGGAGAGGCUCCCUGCUGUUGUUUCAGGAAAGAGGAAAUCAAAAAAUGGGAGAUGACAAAAGGGCGGAUGAAAGCUCGCUGACAGAUGAAUGGGCUGAGGAAAUGGGAAGCAGUGGAGACAGAGAAGAUAAAAUGAGAGAGGAGAGAAAAAUAAAAGAAGCUGGAAACCAAAUCCUGCAGCCACUGAGCUGCCUGUUUGGUGUGCAUGGAAAACAAGGUGUAACUUCAGUGUUUGAAUACCAGGGACUGCUCUACAGCACUGGCAGGGACGGCUGUGUCAGGGUCUUCAGAGUGCAUCCAACACCACAAGGAAAACUCGAAGAAAAGAGUGCAGAGAACAAAGGCGGGCUUCAGCUGGAGGUUCUCAGAGUCCAGCGGGCCUGUAAGGGGAUGGAGUGGCUGGAGAGGGUUUUGAUUCUUGAGCAUGACAUUUCUGCUGAGGAGGAGGAGGAGGAGGAAGAGCUCAGAGAGGAAUGUGAGAACCACUAUAAGACAAAGGAUUUUGUAGAAAAGCUGAAAGGAAAGCAGGAGGGCAGCUUUAGAGGAGAAAAGACAGAGAACAAGGGACGAGAAGCCAGGUUUGCCAUCGUUGGCUUUCAUGCUGUCCACUUUGUGGUUUGGGACCCAGUGAGGCAGGAGAGGCUGUUAGUGGUGCCUUGUGGUGGGGGGCAUCGCUCAUGGAGUCUCUGGCCGUCCCACAAAGGGGUUUGGCCCGGAUAUGGAGCUCUGGUCUUCAUUAAACAGGGGGCUGUCCUGGCUUCGCAGCCCCCUGGAGAAGCACAGAGCUGGGCUGGUAAUGCGGGACAGAGUGGAGGAUGGAGCCUGAGAGAGGGCGUCCAUGGGAGGGGGAUUGGAUGUGUAUGUAGGCUGGGGAUGAUAAGGGGAGUUAAGAAUGAGAUUCAAACAAACAGUACUGGAGAUUUGACUGAAACUGGGGGAAGCGAUAGGUUCAAAGAUGAUGUAAAGGAGAAGGAGGAGCACUGGGAGAUUGUGGUGACGGGAGGAGAGGACACCAGCUUAACAGUCCUGGCAAUAAAUCCCAACUCUGGCAGCAUCAAAGUUCUGUCAGUCAUUACCGACCACAUCUCAAGUGUUCGGACGGUGACAGCGGUGACACGACCAGAGGGAGCGAGCGAAAACCAGACACAGUCUCUCUCUGCCUUGCUGCUGUCAGCUGGAGGGCGAGCUCAGAUGCAGUGUUACCGACUGUUGGUCAGCUGGGACAUGCAGAGACUGCUUCCCUCCUGCCAGGUGAUCCAGGUGGCCGGUCACCGAUUGGACGAACAGUGGGAGAGGAGGCGGAACCGACACAAGACGGUGAAGGUGGAUCCAGAAACGAGAUACAUGUCUGUAGUGGCGGUGGAUGAGAAGACAGACUGUGUUCUUCUGGCUCUGGCCUGCAGCGACGGAGCUCUCAGAUUGUUCUCAGUCUGUGAAACUAAACAUCAGAUUGACCUGUUGUGGGAGACGUUUUACCACCAGCGCUGUGUGCUCAGUGUUGCAGCCUGCAGCCUGGAGGAUGAAAAGGGCAACAGGUAUAAGUUGCUGUUCAGUGCUGCAACAGAUGGCAGAAUUGCAGUGUGGGAUCUGACUGAUAACUCUUCCUUAUCGUCCGACACUUCGAGCAGCGCUUCACCUCCACCAAUCCUCUGCCUUGACAUUCACGCCCACCAGAGCGGCGUCAACUCAUUGGCUGUUUGGGAAGAGAAACUGGAACAACAAGAGGGCGGUUGCCUGGUAACUGUUGCUAGCGGAGGGGAUGAUGGGCAGCUGACAGUGUCCAUGAUAAGGGUGCAGUACCCAGAGGACGGAACGAUUGGGGGCAGCAGAGGCUUUUCUCAGAUUUCUGAGCCCCACAUUUCUCCACAAACCCAGUUCCAACCAUCAAACCAGCUUCAUCUCCAUCUUCAUUCCCAGUCCCACAUCCCACUCGCUCAUGCUGCCCCUCUGACCGCCCUUAAGCUCCUGAGCCCCGGCCUGGUGGUCUCCACUUCUGCAGAUCAGAGGGUUUGCCUGUGGAGGGUAGGCAGUACAGGUAUCAGCCACACGGGGGCGCUGUGCUCCCAUGUUGCAGAUGCUGCAGGACUCGCUGUGUGGGGCGGGCAGAUGAUGGAGGAGGAGGAGGGAGUUGAAAAAAGGAAAAUGAGGCUUGAGUCUGAACAGGAGAUAGUAAUUUCAGGAGGGAAAGAGAGUCAAACAGGAUUAAAAACAGUAUGUAAGACAGCAGCACAGUUCAAAAAGGAAAAGCAAACAGCUGAUGAAGCCGAGGGUGGAGGACCUGAUGAGGCCAUGAGCGAGACAGGCGACCCAGUUUAUCAAACCAGUGAUGAGAGGGGAGGAGAGACAGCUGGUGAAAGUAGAAAUCAAACAGAGACUGACAGCGUGGGUGAGACAGAGAGCGAAGUAAACACAGAGACGGGUGUCAAUGCUUCCACUGAGAGCAAGAGAGAAAAGACGGGAUGGGUGCUGGUCUGCGGUCAGGGCUUCCAGCUACUACGAGUCCAAAAUACUGAGAUGGAUGCAGAGAUGCGGGCUGCAGGAAGAAAGAAAGAGGAUGUGAAUCACAGAGUUAAAGUGACUUUGCAAGGAAAAGUGGAGUAGUGGUCCAAACAAUCACUUUCUCAGUGGACACAUUUACUUAUGAACAAUCUGUAAAAUUCCUUGAUUACAGCUGCAGGAA